GAUACAGGGGGAACUUCCAGACGGUGCCUAGCGCUGAGCUGUCCGCCAGCCCCUGGCUCCUGGGGCGGACGGGCUGGGCUUUAAAAGGCAGAGGAUGGGCGCGGGCAGCCCGCUCCCGGGGAGGCUGGGCAGGUGCCUCGCGCUCACCCAGCGCAGCAGCGGCCGGAGGGAGCCGGGAGCAGGCACCGCGCAGUCCGGGCGCUAGGAGAGCAGGAGCGAGGGCCGGAGCCGGAGCCCUCCCAGCUCCGCUUGCCGGGCGCGCGGGGCGGCCGGGCAGAGGCAGGGUCCCAGCAUGGAGGCGCCAGGCUCUGCCUAGGCUCCCCGGAGAGGGCGCAGGGGCUGAGGGACUGGUCCGGGAGGCGCACACGCACCGCUGCGGCUUGUUGGGCUAUCAGGCUGAACCAGCAGCAGCUCCACUGAUCAUGGUCAACAAGACCAUAAACUACUGGGAUCCUGAUUUUGAGGACGAUGUCAUCAACAUUAACGUUGGGGGUCUGCGAAGAAGGCUCAGCUCCAGUGCUCUCUCUAAAUUCCCCAACACCCGGCUGGGGCGUUUGCUGACCUGCGACUCGGAGGAGUCCAUCCUGCAGCUCUGUGAUGACUACGAUGUGAGCGCCAGGGAGUUCUACUUUGAUAGAAAUCCAGGCUUCUUCCUAUAUGUGCUGCACUUCUACCAGACUGGGAAGCUGCAUGUCAUGGAUGAGCUGUGCGUUUUCUCCUUCUGCCAGGAAAUAGAGUACUGGGGUAUCAAUGAGUUCUUCCUGGACUCCUGCUGCAGCUACCGCUACCAUGAGCGUAAGCUGGAGAGCCGGCACUACAACUGGGACGAGGAGAGCGAGGUCAGCAGCGUGGACACAUCCCCCGACGAGAUCUCUGACUUCAACCAUGACCUGCUCCGCUACAGCACCCUGUGCUGCGGCAACUUGCGUAAGCGCCUCUGGCUCACCAUGGAGAACCCAGGCUACUCCAUCCCCAGCAAACUCUUCAGCUUUGUGUCCAUCAGCGUGGUGCUCGUUUCCAUAGCCACCAUGUGCAUCCACAGCAUGCCUGAGUACCAGGUACUGGAUGAGGAUGACAACGUGCUAGACGACCCUGUCCUGCACAAUCUGGAGUAUUUCUGUAUCGCCUGGUUCACCUUUGAAGUGUCCUCCCGCCUGCUGCUUGCACCCAACCUGAAGAAGUUCUUCAAGCACCCGCUGAACCUGAUUGACAUUGUCUCAGUGCUGCCUUUUUACAUCACCCUCUUGGUGGAUGUGACUCUGGGCAGUGACUCAGAGCUGGGGAACCUGGGCAAGGUGGUGCAGGUGUUCCGGCUCAUGAGGAUAUUCCGGGUGCUGAAGCUGGCUCGGCAUUCAACUGGACUGAGGUCGCUAGGGGCCACCUUGAAGCACAGCUAUAGAGAGGUGGGCAUCCUGCUGCUCUACCUGGCGGUGGGAGUCUCCGUGUUCUCCGGAGUGGCCUACACAGCGGAAAAGGAAGAGGACGUUGGUUUUGACACAAUCCCUGCCUGCUGGUGGUGGGGGACAGUCAGCAUGACGACUGUGGGCUACGGCGACGUGGUGCCGGUGACCGUGGCCGGCAAGCUGGCAGCUUCGGGGUGCAUUCUGGGCGGGAUCCUGGUGGUGGCUCUGCCCAUCACCAUCAUCUUCAACAAGUUCUCCCACUUCUACCGCAGGCAGAAGGCCCUCGAGGCUGCCGUGCGGAACAGCGACAAGAAGGAGCCCAAGGACUCUGAGAAUUGUCCCAGCCAGAACCAUGACUCAGAGGCUCUGGGUGAAGCCUUCCAGGAGGGAGGCAGAGAGGAUUUCCAUGACCUGACCAGAAACACCCUUCCUGCUCACUGACCUUACUGAGGCUAGAGAGUACGGCUCCUCUCUGGCGCCUUCUGUCCUGGAGACACGUGGCAGCAAGGAUCUGGUUUGUAUGGAACUGUCCCUUCUCCCCUCUCACUGGACGUGAACAGGAGUGGAGACUGCAGAUGCUGCUCAUGCGGUGAAUUGUCCUUCUGCCAGGAUGAUGAAGCUACCAGAACUAGAACAAGAGUAACUUUGUGGUACCCAAACUCUCCUAACAUCCAUCUGGCCUCCUUUAGCACUCCGCACAAUGUUGGACUUCAUCCUCUGCCGAGCCAGGGCCAUUCAGAGCCAAGGGCUCAAAGCAGUAUGCCCAUCAGGUGCUAGCUGUUUGUCAUCUUGAGUGGGGCAGCACACAGCAGCUGUAUCCAUUUGGGCACUUCUUGAAUUACCGUAUUUACUGUAUUAAUGGCAAUGCUGUCAGUGCCCCCCAAAUGACCUAUAAGCAGGUGCUGGGAAAUUUAGAAUUAAACAUAAUGGACUUAGAAAAGGAAACCCACGGAAGAAACAGGGAGACCUCAAUGUAUCCAACUAGCCUCCAGGAACGGCUCCCAAAGUCCUUGGUUAGCUAAGGGCAAUCAUCCUGCAGCCUAACGUUCUGUUGCUGUCCAUCAUAAUGUUAAUGCCCAGCCCCUAGUCCCCUUCCCCGCCCUCCCCUAGAGAAGAAGUGAAAUCCAAAUGGCAAUAGUGUUCACAACAGAGAAA